AUGGUCGAUAACCUAGAAAAAAACUGUCUAGGAGGUAAAAGGCGAUUUGUCAGUUGGGGACGGUUUCCUCGCCAGUCCUCGUCUAUCUGCACAAAUGGAACUUCUACUCUAUAUAACGAUGAAUUUAUCGUUUCUCCAAAUCGUUUGUAUGCUGCUGGGUUGUAUAACAAUAGUUUUGGUGUUUACAAUACGGCGGCAUUUGGUUGUAAUUCUACAGCGAUCUGGUCAGCCUCUCAAUCGUCAGCACCCGCGGGUGCCUAUGUCAUCGCACAAAAUGAUGCAAACUUGGUAAUUUAUGGAAGUACGAGCGGUCCAGUGUGGGCAGCAGGUACAAAUCAUGGUCAGAAUGAUGCUCCAUACUGUUUGAUUAUGUUGGAUAGUGGAAAUCUGAUUUGGGUAGAAGGAAACUCUACAGUGAUGUGGCAAACAAAUACUGUACAAGGAUGA